GAGUAGAGAUUUCAAAAAGUCAUAAACUACAAAUUGUAACGAAGGUUGCAAACAUUCCUUUUUCAGAAAAUAAUAACCCUUGUACAGUGCAAAAGAGGAGAACGUUACCAGUCAUAUAACGCGAUUGGUCGAACCGUUGAUGCGUAACAUCCGUUCUAGAUCGUGAUUGGCCGAAUCAAUGGACCGGAACGGGUGGUCAACCGUGACGGGUAGGAGUGGGGGUUGAGGGGUAUAUGUAUCCCUAAUUUUUCAGGAGCUGCUCAUUCGAGUCCCUGCGACAACAGCGACGACAUGGAGUUCUUCAGGUCUUUCCUUCGCGUCAUUGGACUGUUGGCACCUGCCAAGGUAGACUUCAUCUCUGAACUACCUCUGGAGGUAUCCCAACUGAUCCUUCGCAAGUUAGAUACUGAGUCUCUCUUGUGUGCUGCUCAAGUUUCGCGCAAGUGGCUGGACGUCUGCAGCUCUGACAAGAGCCUAAGACAGUCUGUGAGGCGCCACAAGCGACGAAACAAGAAAAGAAUGCGAAAAGCUUUUCUAGGUAGAGGUGCUGCUGAACUACCAAAUGUGGACGUGGCGAGGAUGUUAUCCCAGAAGAAGAGGACACCCAAGCAAGUGCCUCGUGCUAGGAUAGAUGCCAACGUCCUGUUUGGAAGAACCCAGCAUCAUGAGCUUAGGAAGCUCAUAAAACAAGGUAGAGGGAGUAAGGUAGCUGUAAGAUCUAGAUGUAUGAGAAUGUAGUUAAUUAAUUUUAUUGUGACGUGUUUGUCCGACCAAGCUAUCUAGUUUACGUUAGAAAUAAUUUAAUUUAAGUUAGUAAUAUAUUUAGUAUAAUGUAUUUAGUAUGGACUAUAUGUUGGGGACAUAAUAUUUAGAUUUUAAAUAUACUAUUUUGACGUUUGAGUAUUAGGGCACUCAAUUAAUAGAAACCUUGCAAUAGUUAUAAUAUUCAUUUAACAUAUGCUGUAGUAUAUUUAAUUUUUUUUUAGUGAAGGAUCUA